AUGGCGUACAGGAAGGUGUGUGAUGCCCAGGUUGGCCCAAUGGUCGGUGAGGUUCUGCACUGCUCUGGAGGUCUGGAUCUUGACUGGGACCUGGACAAGGAGGAGCUACAGGAACCUGGACCCAGCAUGGACCGCAUGCAGAUGCAACACGUAGACUGCCAGAGAUCAGGGUGUUCAGACCCUGGGCCUGACCCUGACCCCGAGCUGAUGGAACCCAUCCAGCCAUCUGUCUCAGUUUCACCACAUGGACGAUUUGAACGACUCCAGGAAGAUCCCAACUACAUCUCCCACUUCACCAGGGCUCCGGGCCAUAAAGGCCAACGGCGACUCCAUUGUUUCUUGCUCAGGUACCUCCUGGCAGGAGUGGGACUUUUUGUCUUGGGACUCCUGAUUGGCUGGUUCACUCACACACCCACUGUAAAACCACCUGUUCCUCCAUCUGACAGCUCAGACCUGCUGGAGGAGCUGCUGAAAGGGAUCACAGCCGACAAGAUCAACGCUCUUCAUAGGUCCUUCUCCAUCCUAUCAGAUGACAGCGAGGAAGCCAGAGCCAGAUACCUCUACAGGCAGUGGGUGGGACUUGGUUUGACUGACGUCCGUCUGUCCAAUUACACAGUUCUGCUCAGCCUUCCCGGUUCCACACCAAACACCAUUACUGACAGGUCUAGUCACCAGUGUUUCCUGCCAAAUGGCACCCCGUGCGAUCAGCGUGGACCCAAUGACCUGUCAAAGCAGCAGUUCUCUUACGCAGCCUAUUCUGCUGUUGGAAGUCUGCAGGGGGAGGUGGUCGAUGUGCAGUACGCCACUGUGGACGACCUCAGGAGAGCCAAAGACAGCCUGAACCUCACCAACCAGAUUGCCGUGGUCAAGCUUGGCCAAGCACCUUUGCUGUACAAGCUAUCCCUACUGUCUGAGCUGGGUUUUGGAGGUGUUCUGCUUUACAUUGACCCGUGUGAUGCUCCCCCUGGCCGCCACACCUGGCAUCAAGCCUUCAGAGUAACUCUCAACCCUGGCGGAAACCCUGCCACCACUGAGGUGUCAAGAGAGGCUGGAGGAAGUCUGACAUCUCUGUUGGUUCAGCCCGUCUCUGCCCUCCUGGCAAAGACGUUACUGUCCCCUCCAUCCACAGGGCAGGGUGACUCCUGUAUUCCUUUAGCCAUGCCUCCCAACACAGAACGAAAGAAGAUUACUCUGACUGUUGGAAACCAGGUGUCCUACAAGAAGAUCUACAAUGUUGUGGGAUACCUGAAAGGAAGGAGGAACCCAGAUCGCUAUGUGCUGGUUGGCAGUCGUCAUGACAGCGACCAGGGAGGUGGGGCUUCAGCCAUCAUGAAUCAGCUCAUCGCAGCGCUGACAGAGCAGUCCAAAAGAGGAUGGGUGCCAGACCGUACCACUGUGUUUUGCUCAUGGGGAGGGUCAGCCCUAGGGAAUAUUGGGUCCUAUGAGUGGGGAAAGGAUAACAGUGUUGUCCUACAGAGCAGUGCAGUGGCCUACGUCAGUCUGAACUCUCCAGUCAGAGGGACAGAGACUCUGAGAGCUACAGCUUCUCCAACACUACUGCAACUCACUUCAGAUAUACAGAGAAGACAGUUGCUGAGUUGCAUUCGUGGUGGGAACUGCCCUGGACCCAACGUCAGCUCGCUGCAGUUGCCUGGAGAUGUGAAUUUCUUCGCCAACCAGCUGGCUGUGCCCACCAUGGAGUUUGCCUUCGAGCAGACCAAAGCAGAGGAGACCACCAGUUUCCUGUCAGAAGCCCAAUUUUCUGCUGAGUCACCAGAGAGCCUGGAUCCACUUUUCAAGUUCCAUGAGACCAUUGCAAAGAUGACAGCAGAAGCCAUUCUCCGUCUCGUCAAUGAUCCUGUGCUGCCAUUCUACCCUCUGGAUAUUGCCCUGGAUGUUCAGAACAAACUCAAAGACAAGAGCGUGGUAACUCAGCCCAUGCUGUCCUCAGCCUCCUCUCUGAGGGACCACGCAGCUUUUUUCCAGUCAGAAACGAUGCGGCCUGCAAAUGACCCCAAAGAGCGCGACCCCUCCCACGUGCGGAUGCUGAAUGAUGUGCUCCGUGACCUGGAGAAGAGCUUCAUCAUCCCACAGACACUGCCUGGAGUGUACAGGAACCUGUUAUACAGCCUUCCAGGGAAGACUCCUCAGUUUUCCAUCCUCAGGUUCUCACAGGAAGCCGUCCUGCAUUGUAACGUCACCAGCAAAACAGUCAAACACAACUCUGCAGACAAGGAAGUACUUUGCCACAGCACCAUGAACCGGUUUCUGUCUCUCAUCCUCAGGGCCAUCCGCUCAGCUGAGAGGCUGGUGUGUUUUGGCUUGGACUUGUUUGAAAAUUAUCCAAGUGACACAAUAUGA